CCGGAGCAACAGCCACGCAGACUAGAAAAAAAAGGCAACACGCACUCUCUGAGGGGAGAGAGUGAGAAGGGAGGGGAGAAAGAAAAACGCCCUGGACACGGAGGGAGACUCGGGUUGAUAGAGAAAGACAAGUAUUUUAGAAGUGAGAAAGAACGUUUGAUUGGGAAGAAGAAGACGUGCUUUUAUCGACUGCUGGGACAGCAGGAGGGGAAGAGGACAUUGCCAACGAUGCUCAAGUUGCUGUGUUGAAGUUGUUGCAGCUCAGACUGCUCAGACAAACAGGAAGCAAAGAGACAGAGUCCUUGGCCUUGGCUUCAGCAAUCCAAAGUAUUAAAACCAAGGCAGAAACAAACCACACCAGAGCAUAGGCAAAGGACAAGGAAAAACAAAGGAUGGCUGAAGAGGAGGAAACCAGGGAGGUGCUCUUCUCUGACUGGUCGGGUCCAGAGAAACAGGGAAUGACCCUUGAGCAGUCAGGUGAAGGAGAGAUCUAUGUCAAAGAGGUGAAAAUGGAGUCGCCUGCUGGACGCACUGGAAGAGUACACGAGGGUGAUCAAAUUGUGGGUGCCACCAUCUAUUUUGACAACAUGAGUUCCGAGGAGACAGCGGAGCUCCUCAAGACCUUAAACAAACACAAGGUUGGACUGAAACUACAGAACAAGGACAAGUCACCAUGCCGCUCCCCCAUGGGCACUCUGUCGCCCAGCCGAUCCCCAAUGGGCACUCUGACGUAUGAAGGGAAGGGAAGGUUUGGAGGCUCCAGCCAAGGCAGUAUCCUGAGUGGGGAGGAUGAAGAUUACAAGAGAAUAUAUUCCAAGAAGAUUAAGCCCCGACUGAAGUCUGAGGAUCUGGCGGAGGGCGUGGACAUCCAUACGGAACGCCACAGCAGCACCAGCACCGACGGCAGCACGAUCACCACCGUCACCCGUCGCAUCACUACCUACUCUGUAGACAUGCCAGGGGGCGUGGACGAGCAGCUUGAGUUCACCGGGCCAGAGUUCAAAGGGCAACGGUACGAGCAGUCAGGAGGGGGCAGCUCGACUCAAAUCCGAGUUUUACACGGAAGCGGAAGCUCUUCAGGUGUAGGAGGUGGAUUGGAGGGGGGUGAUUUUGAACUAGGAGGUGAUGGUGUUUCCUUCACUGGGCCGCAUGUAACUAGCUCUUCUGAGAAGCACUGGAGCACUGGAGGGGUGAAGACCACCACUAUAACGAGGGAGAUAGAGGGCGGAGAUGGAGGAGUAGCAGGGAUCAGAUUCAAAGGACCUAGCUUUGGAAUGUCGGGGGUGAAGGGUCAGCGGGAGUUCGGCCUCUAUAGAGGGGGUCAGCAGGGAGACGGGAGCUUUCAGGUUUCAGGUGACUCAGCUGACAACCAGGCAGGAUCAGUCAAUGUCACAGCACCUGGAAAAACAACAAAUAUUUCAUCCAGCUCCAUAUCAAUGGGUAAAGGGGAGGUGAGAGGAGUAGACGUUCAUUUGCCUGGUAGAGGCAGUGCAGACUGGCAGGGUAGGGUUGGAGGUUCAGUACCUGGAAUAACUAUUAGUGAUCAACAGAUGAGAGAGUCUGGGAACGUAGGUCACUCUGGAGGCAACCAGGGUGGGGUUUCCUUACCCAGCAUGCCAGGCAUUGAUGCAGGGUUGAAUGGAGGCAAGAUAUCAACAGACAUAAGAGCGCAAACACUUGACAUCAAUAACCCCAUAAGGGAGUCUGACUCAGUGAAAACGUCUGUAAAAGGACCAUCGAUAACAACCAUUGAAAAUGAAAGCAAAAUUUUUGGUGGCAUCAAAAUGCCAUCAUUUGGACUGAACAUUGCAGGUACAGAAAGCGAUGGAGAUGUUAAACUACCGUUGGUGAAGGGUAGUGUAGAUGUGUUAGCCCCAUCGACGAAUGCUAAAGAAGGAAAAAAGAUAGGUGGUAUUGAUAUCAAAGCACCCAAAGUAGACAUUAAAGUUUCAGGUGUUGACGUUCAUGAUCCAGAAGGAGGUUUCAAGAUACCCAAAGUAAAGAUGCCAUCAUUUGGAAUCAAAGAAGCGGGACGUGAGGGUCCUUAUGUGGAUGUCAACCUACCAAAAACCGACAUUCACAUCAAGCCCCCCAAAGUAGAACUCAAAGGUCCAGAACUGGACAUUGAAGGCCCAGAUGGUAAAAUCAAAGGGUCAAAAUCCAAGAUGCCGACAACAUCUGGAGCAAACAUCUCCAUGCCUGAUGUGGACUUCAACCUGAAAGGUCCAAAGAUGAAAGGAGAUUUCGAUGUGUCAGGGCCCAAGAUAGAAGGAGACCUCAAAUCACCCAAAGUAGACAUUGAAGGUCCAGAUGUUGACAUUGAAGGUUCAGGAGGAUUUAAGAUGCCAAAGAUGAAGAUGCCAUCAUUUGGAUUCAAAGGUCCUAAAUUGGAGGGUCCAGAUGUUGAUGUUAACCUGCCAACAGCUGAUAUAGACAUCAAAUCGCCCAAAGUGGACAUUAAAGGUCCAGAUCUUGACAUUGAAGGUUCAGGAGGAUUUAAGAUGCCAAAGAUGAAGAUGCCGUCUUUUGGAAUCAAAGGUCCUAAACUGGAGGGUCCAGAUGUGGAUGUCAAACUACCUAAAGGUGACAUUGAAAUAAAGGGACGCAACGUUGACAUCAAAGGGCCAGAACUGGACAUUGAAGGCCCCGAUGGAAAAAUCAAGGGCCCACAAUUCAAGAUGCCUUCCAUAUCAGGACCAAAGAUCUCAAUGCCUGACAUGGACAUAAAUCUUAAAGGGCCAAAGAUGAAGGGUGAUGUGAAUGUGUCAGUGCCAAAGAUAAAAGGAGAUAUAACAGCGCCCAAAGUAGACAUUGAAGGUCCAGAUGUUGGAAUUGAAGGUUCAGGAGGAUUUAAGAUGCCAUCAUUUGGAUUCAAAGGUCCUAAAUUGGAGGGUCCAGAUGUUGAUGUUAACCUACCAAAAGCUGAUAUAGAUAUCAAAGCGCCAAAAGUGGACAUUAAAGGUCCAGAUCUUGACAUUGAAGGCCCUGAUGGUAAAAUCAAAGGGCCGAAAUUCAAGAUGCCGUCAAUGUCAGGACCAAAGAUCUCCAUGCCUGAUGUGGACUUCAAUCUGAAAGGACCGAAGAUCUCCAUGCCCGAUGUGGACUUCAAUCUGAAAGGUCCAAAGAUGAAAGGAGAUUUCGACUUGUCAGGGCCCAAGAUAGAAGGAGACUUCAAAGCACCCAAAGUAGACAUUGAAGGGCCAGAACUUGACAUUGAAGGUUCAGGAGGAUUUAAGAUGCCAAAGAUGAAGAUGCCAUCAUUUGGAUUCAAAGGUCCUAAAUUGGAGGGUCCAGAUGUUGAUGUUAACCUACCAAAAGCUGAUAUAGACAUCAAAUCGCCCAAAGUGGACAUUAAAGCGCCCAAAGUAGACAUUGAAGGUCCAGAUGGUAAAAUCAAAGGGUCAAAAUUCAAGAUGCCAUCAAUUUCAGGACCGAAGAUCUCCAUGCCCGAUGUGGACUUCAAUCUGAAAGGUCCAAAGAUGAAAGGAGAUUUCGAUGUGUCAGGGCCCAAGAUAGAAGGAGACCUCAAAGCACCCAAAGUAGACAUUGAAGGUCCAGAUGUUGACAUUGAAGGUCCAGAAGUUGACAUUGAAGGUUCAGGAGGAUUUAAGAUGCCAAAGAUGAAGAUGCCGUCUUUCGGAUUCAAAGGUCCUAAAUUGGAGGGUCCAGAUGUUGAUGUUAACCUACCAAAAGCUGAUAUAGACAUCAAAGCGCCAAAAGUGGACAUUAAAGGUCCAGAUCUUGACAUUGAAGGUCCAGAUGGAAAAAUCAAAGGGCCAAAAUUCAAGAUGCCAUCAAUUUCAGGACCGAAGAUCUCCAUGCCCGAUGUGGACUUCAAUCUGAAAGGUCCAAAGAUGAAAGGAGAUUUCGAUGUGUCAGGGCCCAAGAUAGAAGGAGACCUCAAAGCACCCAAAGUAGACAUAGAGGGGCCAGAUCUUGACAUUGAAGGUUCAGGAGGAUUUAAGAUGCCAAAGAUGAAGAUGCCAUCAUUUGGAUUCAAAGGUCCUAAAUUGGAGGGUCCAGAUGUUGAUGUUAACCUACCAAAAGCUGAUAUAGACAUCAAAGCGACAAAAGUGGACAUUAAAGGUCCAGAAGUUGACAUUGAAGGUUCAGGAGGAUUUAAGAUGCCAAAGAUGAAGAUGCCAUCAUUUGGAUUCAAAGGUCCUAAAUUGGAGGGUCCAGAUGUUGAUGUUAACCUGCCAACAGCUGAUAUAGACAUCAAAUCGCCCGAAGUGGACAUUAAAGGUCCAGAAGUUGACAUUGAAGGUUCAGGAGGAUUUAAGAUGCCAAAGAUGAAGAUGCCAUCAUUUGGAUUCAAAGGUCCUAAAUUGGAGGGUCCAGAUGUUGAUGUUAACCUACCAAAAGCUGAUAUAGACAUCAAAGCGCCAAAAGUGGACAUUAAAGGUCCAGAACUUGACAUUGAAGGCCCUGAUGGUAAAAUCAAAGGGCCGAAAUUCAAGACGCCGUCAAUGUCAGGACCGAAGAUCUCCAUGCCCGAUGUGGACUUCAAUCUGAAAGGUCCCAAGAUGAAGGGAGAUGUUGAUAUGUCAGGAGAACUUAAAGCACCCAAAGUAGACAUUGAAGGUCCAGAUCUUGACAUUGAAGCACCCAAAGUAGACAUUGAAGGUCCAGAUCUUGACAUUGAAGGUUCAGGAGGAUUUAAGAUGCCAAAGAUGAAGAUGCCAUCAUUUGGAUUCAAAGGUCCUAAAUUGGAGGGUCCAGAUGUUGAUGUUAACCUGCCAACAGCUGAUAUAGACAUCAAAUCGCCCGAAGUGGACAUUAAAGGUCCAGAAGUUGACAUUGAAGGCCCUGAUGGUAAAAUCAAAGGGCCGAAAUUCAAGAUGCCGUCAAUGUCAGGACCAAAGAUCUCCAUGCCUGAUGUGGACUUCAAUCUGAAAGGUCCAAAGAUGAAAGGAGAUUUCGACUUGUCAGGGCCCAAGAUAGAAGGAGACGUCAAAGCACCCAAAGUAGACAUUGAAGGUCCAGAUCUUGACAUUGAAGGUCCAGAAGUUGACAUUGAAGGUUCAGGAGGAUUUAAGAUGCCAAAGAUGAAGAUGCCGUCUUUCGGAUUCAAAGGUCCUAAAUUGGAGGAUCCAGAUGUUGAUGUUAACCUACCAAAAGCUGAUAUAGACAUCAAAGCGCCAAAAGUGGACAUUAAAGGUCCAGAACUUGACAUUGAAGGCCCUGAUGGUAAAAUCAAAGGGCCGAAAUUUAAGAUGCCGUCAAUGUCAGGACCAAAGAUCUCCAUGCCUGAUGUGGACUUCAAUCUGAAAGGUCCCAAGAUGAAGGGAGAUGUUGAUAUGUCGGGAGAACUUAAAGCACCCAAAGUAGACAUUGAAGGUCCAGAUCUUGACAUUGAAGGUCCAGAUGGAAAAAUCAAAGGGUCAAAAUUCAAGAUGCCAUCAAUUUCAGGACCGAAGAUCUCCAUGCCCGAUGUGGACUUCAAUCUGAAAGGUCCAAAGAUGAAAGGAGAUUUCGAUGUGUCAGGGCCCAAGAUAGAAGGAGACCUCAAAGCACCCAAAGUAGACAUUGAAGGUCCAGAUGUUGACAUUGAAGGUUCAGGAGGAUUUAAGAUGCCAAAGAUGAAGAUGCCAUCAUUUGGAUUCAAAGGUCCUAAAUUGGAGGGUCCAGAUGUUGAUGUUAACCUACCAAAAGCUGAUAUAGACAUCAAAGCGCCAAAAGUGGACAUUAAAGGUCCAGAACUUGACAUUGAAGGCCCUGAUGGUAAAAUCAAAGGGCCGAAAUUCAAGAUGCCGUCAAUGUCAGGACCAAAGAUCUCCAUGCCUGAUGUGGACUUCAAUCUGAAAGGUCCCAAGAUGAAGGGAGAUGUUGAUAUGUCAGGAGAACUUAAAGCACCCAAAGUAGACAUUGAAGGUCCAGAUCUUGAAAUUGAAGGUCCAGAUGGAAAAAUCAAAGCGCCAAAAUUCAAGAUGCCAUCAAUUUCAGGACCGAAGAUCUCCAUGCCCGAUGUGGACUUCAAUCUGAAAGGUCCAAAGAUGAAAGGAGAUUUCGAUGUGUCAGGGCCCAAGAUAGAAGGAGACCUCAAAGCACCCAAAGUAGACAUUGAAGGUCCAGAUGUUGACAUUGAAGGCCCUGAUGGUAAAAUCAAAGGGCCGAAAUUCAAGAUGCCGUCAAUGUCAGGACCAAAGAUCUCCAUGCCUGAUGUGGACUUCAAUCUGAAAGGUCCCAAGAUGAAGGGAGAUGUUGAUAUGUCGGGAGAACUUAAAGCACCCAAAGUAGACAUUGAAGGUCCAGAUCUUGACAUUGAAGGUCCAGAUGGAAAAAUCAAAGGGCCAAAAUUCAAGAUGCCAUCAAUUUCAGGACCGAAGAUCUCCAUGCCCGAUGUGGACUUCAAUCUGAAAGGUCCAAAGAUGAAAGGAGAUUUCGAUGUGUCAGGGCCCAAGAUAGAAGGAGACCUCAAAGCACCCAAAGUAGACAUAGAGGGGCCAGAUCUUGACAUUGAAGGUUCAGGAGGAUUUAAGAUGCCAAAGAUGAAGAUGCCAUCAUUUGGAUUCAAAGGUCCUAAAUUGGAGGGUCCAGAUGUUGAUGUUAACCUACCAAAAGCUGAUAUAGACAUCAAAGCGACAAAAGUGGACAUUAAAGGUCCAGAAGUUGACAUUGAAGGUUCAGGAGGAUUUAAGAUGCCAAAGAUGAAGAUGCCGUCUUUCGGAUUCAAAGGUCCUAAAUUGGAGGGUCCAGAUGUUGAUGUUAACCUACCAAAAGCUGAUAUAGACAUCAAAGCGCCAAAAGUGGACAUUAAAGGUCCAGAACUUGACAUUGAAGGCCCUGAUGGUAAAAUCAAAGGGCCGAAAUUCAAGAUGCCGUCAAUGUCAGGACCAAAGAUCUCCAUGCCUGAUGUGGACUUCAAUCUGAAAGGUCCCAAGAUGAAGGGAGAUGUUGAUAUGUCGGGAGAACUUAAAGCACCCAAAGUAGACAUUGAAGGUCCAGAUCUUGACAUUGAAGGUCCAGAUGGAAAAAUCAAAGGGUCAAAAUUCAAGAUGCCAUCAAUUUCAGGACCGAAGAUCUCCAUGCCCGAUGUGGACUUCAAUCUGAAAGGUCCAAAGAUGAAAGGAGAUUUCGAUGUGUCAGGGCCCAAGAUAGAAGGAGACCUCAAAGCACCCAAAGUAGACAUUGAAGGUCCAGAUGUUGACAUUGAAGGUCCAGAAGUUGACAUUGAAGGUUCAGGAGGAUUUAAGAUGCCAAAGAUGAAGAUGCCAUCAUUUGGAUUCAAAGGUCCUAAAUUGGAGGGUCCAGAUGUUGAUGUUAACCUACCAAAAGCUGAUAUAGACAUCAACGCGCCAAAAGUGGACAUUAAAGGUCCAGAACUUGACAUUGAAGGCCCUGAUGGUAAAAUCAAAGGGCCGAAAUUCAAGAUGCCGUCAAUGUCAGGACCAAAGAUCUCCAUGCCUGAUGUGGACUUCAACCUGAAAGGUCCCAAGAUGAAGGGAGAUGUUGAUAUGUCAGGAGAACUUAAAGCACCCAAAGUAGACAUUGAAGGUCCAGAUCUUGACAUUGAAGGUCCAGAUGGAAAAAUCAAAGGGUCAAAAUUCAAGAUGCCAUCAAUUUCAGGACCGAAGAUCUCCAUGCCCGAUGUGGACUUCAAUCUGAAAGGUCCAAAGAUGAAAGGAGAUUUCGACGUGUCAGGGCCCAAGAUAGAAGGAGACCUCAAAGCACCCAAAGUAGACAUAGAGGGGCCAGAUCUUGACAUUGAAGGUUCAGGAGGAUUUAAGAUGCCAAAGAUGAAGAUGCCAUCAUUUGGAUUCAAAGGUCCUAAAUUGGAGGGUACAGAUGUUGAUGUUAACCUGCCAACAGCUGAUAUAGACAUCAAAUCGCCCAAAGUGGACAUUAAAGGUCCAGAACUUGACAUUGAAGGUUCAGGAGGAUUUAAGAUGCCAAAGAUGAAGAUGCCGUCUUUCGGAUUCAAAGGUCCUAAAUUGGAGGGUCCAGAUGUUGAUGUUAACCUACCAAAAGCUGAUAUAGACAUCAAAGCGCCAAAAGUGGACAUUAAAGGUCCAGAUCUUGACAUUGAAGGCCCUGAUGGUAAAAUCAAAGGGCCGAAAUUCAAGAUGCCGUCAAUGUCAGGACCAAAGAUCUCCAUGCCUGAUGUGGACUUCAAUCUGAAAGGUCCCAAGAUGAAGGGAGAUGUUGAUAUGUCGGGAGAACUUAAAGCACCCAAAGUAGACAUUGAAGGUCCAGAUCUUGACAUUGAAGGUCCAGAUGGAAAAAUCAAAGGGUCAAAAUUCAAGAUGCCAUCAAUUUCAGGACCAAAGAUCUCCAUGCCUGAUGUGGACUUCAAUCUGAAAGGUCCCAAGAUGAAGGGAGAUGUUGAUAUGUCAGGAGAACUUAAAGCACCCAAAGUAGACAUUGAAGGUCCAGAUCUUGACAUUGAAGGUCCAGAUGGAAAAAUCAAAGGGCCAAAAUUCAAGAUGCCAUCAAUUUCAGGACCGAAGAUCUCCAUGCCCGAUGUGGACUUCAAUCUGAAAGGUCCAAAGAUGAAAGGAGAUUUCGAUGUGUCAGGGCCCAAGAUAGAAGGAGACCUCAAAGCACCCAAAGUAGACAUUGAAGGUCCAGAUGUUGACAUUGAAGGUCCAGAAGUUGACAUUGAAGGUUCAGGAGGAUUUAAGAUGCCAAAGAUGAAGAUGCCAUCAUUUGGAUUCAAAGGUCCUAAAUUGGAGGGUCCAGAUGUUGAUGUUAACCUACCAAAAGCUGAUAUAGACAUCAACGCGCCAAAAGUGGACAUUAAAGGUCCAGAACUUGACAUUGAAGGCCCUGAUGGUAAAAUCAAAGGGCCGAAAUUCAAGAUGCCGUCAAUGUCAGGACCAAAGAUCUCCAUGCCUGAUGUGGACUUCAAUCUGAAAGGUCCAAAGAUGAAAGGAGAUUUCGAUGUGUCAGGGCCCAAGAUAGAAGGAGACCUCAAAGCACCCAAAGUAGACAUUGAAGGUCCAGAUGUUGACAUUGAAGGUCCAGAAGUUGACAUUGAAGGUUCAGGAGGAUUUAAGAUGCCAAAGAUGAAGAUGCCAUCAUUUGGAUUCAAAGGUCCUAAAUUGGAGGGUCCAGAUGUUGAUGUUAACCUACCAAAAGCUGAUAUAGACAUCAACGCGCCAAAAGUGGACAUUAAAGGUCCAGAACUUGACAUUGAAGGCCCUGAUGGUAAAAUCAAAGGGCCGAAAUUCAAGAUGCCGUCAAUGUCAGGACCAAAGAUCUCCAUGCCUGAUGUGGACUUCAAUCUGAAAGGACCGAAGAUCUCCAUGCCCGAUGUGGACUUCAAUCUGAAAGGUCCAAAGAUGAAAGGAGAUUUCGACGUGUCAGGGCCCAAGAUAGAAGGAGACCUCAAAGCACCCAAAGUAGACAUAGAGGGGCCAGAUCUUGACAUUGAAGGUCCAGAACUUGACAUUGAAGGUUCAGGAGGAUUUAAGAUGCCAAAGAUGAAGAUGCCGUCUUUCGGAUUCAAAGGUCCUAAAUUGGAGGGUCCAGAUGUUGAUGUUAACCUACCAAAAGCUGAUAUAGACAUCAAAGCGCCAAAAGUGGACAUUAAAGGUCCAGAUCUUGACAUUGAAGGCCCUGAUGGUAAAAUCAAAGGGCCGAAAUUCAAGAUGCCGUCAAUGUCAGGACCAAAGAUCUCCAUGCCUGAUGUGGACUUCAAUCUGAAAGGUCCCAAGAUGAAGGGAGAUGUUGAUAUGUCGGGAGAACUUAAAGCACCCAAAGUAGACAUUGAAGGUCCAGAUCUUGACAUUGAAGCACCCAAAGUAGACAUAGAGGGGCCAGAUCUUGACAUUGAAGGUUCAGGAGGAUUUAAGAUGCCAAAGAUGAAGAUGCCAUCAUUUGGAUUCAAAGGUCCUAAAUUGGAGGGUCCAGAUGUUGAUGUUAACCUACCAAAAGCUGAUAUAGACAUCAAAGCGACAAAAGUGGACAUUAAAGGUCCAGAACUUGACAUUGAAGGCCCUGAUGGUAAAAUCAAAGGGCCGAAAUUCAAGAUGCCGUCAAUAUCAGGACCAAAGAUCUCCAUGCCUGAUGUGGACUUCAAUCUGAAAGGUCCCAAGAUGAAGGGAGAUGUUGAUAUGUCGGGAGAACUUAAAGCACCCAAAGUAGACAUUGAAGGUCCAGAUCUUGACAUUGAAGGUCCAGAUGGAAAAAUCAAAGGGUCAAAAUUCAAGAUGCCAUCAAUUUCAGGACCGAAGAUCUCCAUGCCCGAUGUGGACUUCAAUCUGAAAGGUCCAAAGAUGAAAGGAGAUUUUGAUGUGUCAGGGCCCAAGAUAGAAGGAGACCUCAAAGCACCCAAAGUAGACAUUGAAGGUCCAGAUGUUGACAUUGAAGGUUCAGGAGGAUUUAAGAUGCCAAAGAUGAAGAUGCCAUCAUUUGGAUUCAAAGGUCCUAAAUUGGAGGGUCCAGAUGUUGAUGUUAACCUGCCAACAGCUGAUAUAGACAUCAAAGCGCCAAAAGUGGACAUUAAAGGUCCAGAACUUGACAUUGAAGGCCCUGAUGGUAAAAUCAAAGGGCCGAAAUUCAAGAUGCCGUCAAUGUCAGGACCAAAGAUCUCCAUGCCUGAUGUGGACUUCAAUCUGAAAGGUCCCAAGAUGAAGGGAGAUGUUGAUAUGUCGGGAGAACUUAAAGCACCCAAAGUAGACAUUGAAGGUCCAGAUCUUGACAUUGAAGGUCCAGAUGGAAAAAUCAAAGGGUCAAAAUUCAAGAUGCCAUCAAUUUCAGGACCAAAGAUCUCCAUGCCUGAUGUGGACUUCAAUCUGAAAGGUCCCAAGAUGAAGGGAGAUGUUGAUAUGUCAGGAGAACUUAAAGCACCCAAAGUAGACAUUGAAGGUCCAGAUCUUGACAUUGAAGGUCCAGAUGGAAAAAUCAAAGGGCCAAAAUUCAAGAUGCCAUCAAUUUCAGGACCGAAGAUCUCCAUGCCCGAUGUGGACUUCAAUCUGAAAGGUCCAAAGAUGAAAGGAGAUUUCGAUGUGUCAGGGCCCAAGAUAGAAGGAGACCUCAAAGCACCCAAAGUAGACAUUGAAGGUCCAGAUGUUGACAUUGAAGGUUCAGGAGGAUUUAAGAUGCCAAAGAUGAAGAUGCCAUCAUUUGGAUUCAAAGGUCCUAAAUUGGAGGGUCCAGAUGUUGAUGUUAACCUGCCAACAGCUGAUAUAGACAUCAAAUCGCCCGAAGUGGACAUUAAAGGUCCAGAAGUUGACAUUGAAGGUUCAGGAGGAUUUAAGAUGCCAAAGAUGAAGAUGCCAUCAUUUGGAUUCAAAGGUCCUAAAUUGGAGGGUCCAGAUGUUGAUGUUAACCUACCAAAAGCUGAUAUAGACAUCAACGCGCCAAAAGUGGACAUUAAAGGUCCAGAACUUGACAUUGAAGGCCCUGAUGGUAAAAUCAAAGGGCCGAAAUUCAAGAUGCCGUCAAUGUCAGGACCAAAGAUCUCCAUGCCUGAUGUGGACUUCAAUCUGAAAGGUCCCAAGAUGAAGGGAGAUGUUGAUAUGUCGGGAGAACUUAAAGCACCCAAAGUAGACAUUGAAGGUCCAGAUCUUGACAUUGAAGGUCCAGAUGGAAAAAUCAAAGGGUCAAAAUUCAAGAUGCCAUCAAUUUCAGGACCGAAAAUCUCCAUGCCCGAUGUGGACUUCAAUCUGAAAGGUCCAAAGAUGAAAGGAGAUUUCGAUGUGUCAGGGCCCAAGAUAGAAGGAGACCUCAAAGCACCCAAAGUAGACAUUGAAGGUCCAGAUGUUGACAUUGAAGGUUCAGGAGGAUUUAAGAUGCCAAAGAUGAAGAUGCCAUCAUUUGGAUUCAAAGGUCCUAAAUUGGAGGGUCCAGAUGUUGAUGUUAACCUGCCAACAGCUGAUAUAGACAUCAAAUCGCCCAAAGUGGACAUUAAAGGUCCAGAAGUUGACAUUGAAGGUUCAGGAGGAUUUAAGAUGCCAAAGAUGAAGAUGCCAUCAUUUGGAUUCAAAGGUCCUAAAUUGGAGGGUCCAGAUGUUGAUGUUAACCUACCAAAAGCUGAUAUAGACAUCAAAGCGCCAAAAGUGGACAUUAAAGGUCCAGAACUUGACAUUGAAGGCCCUGAUGGUAAAAUCAAAGGGCCGAAAUUCAAGAUGCCGUCAAUGUCAGGACCAAAGAUCUCCAUGCCUGAUGUGGACUUCAAUCUGAAAGGUCCCAAGAUGAAGGGAGAUGUUGAUAUGUCAGGAGAACUUAAAGCACCCAAAGUAGACAUUGAAGGUCCAGAUCUUGAAAUUGAAGGUCCAGAUGGAAAAAUCAAAGGGUCAAAAUUCAAGAUGCCAUCAAUUUCAGGACCGAAGAUCUCCAUGCCCGAUGUGGACUUCAAUCUGAAAGGUCCAAAGAUGAAAGGAGAUUUCGACGUGUCAGGGCCCAAGAUAGAAGGAGACCUCAAAGCACCCAAAGUAGACAUAGAAGGUCCAGAUCUUGACAUUGAAGGUUCAGGAGGAUUUAAGAUGCCAAAGAUGAAGAUGCCAUCAUUUGGAUUCAAAGGUCCUAAAUUGGAGGGUACAGAUGUUGAUGUUAACCUGCCAACAGCUGAUAUAGACAUCAAAUCGCCCAAAGUGGACAUUAAAGGUCCAGAACUUGACAUUGAAGGUUCAGGAGGAUUUAAGAUGCCAAAGAUGAAGAUGCCGUCUUUCGGAUUCAAAGGUCCUAAAUUGGAGGGUCCAGAUGUUGAUGUUAACCUACCAAAAGCUGAUAUAGACAUCAAAGCGCCAAAAGUGGACAUUAAAGGUCCAGAUCUUGACAUUGAAGGCCCUGAUGGUAAAAUCAAAGGGCCGAAAUUCAAGAUGCCGUCAAUGUCAGGACCAAAGAUCUCCAUGCCUGAUGUGGACUUCAAUCUGAAAGGUCCCAAGAUGAAGGGAGAUGUUGAUAUGUCGGGAGAACUUAAAGCACCCAAAGUAGACAUUGAAGGUCCAGAUCUUGACAUUGAAGGUCCAGAUGGAAAAAUCAAAGGGUCAAAAUUCAAGAUGCCAUCAAUUUCAGGACCAAAGAUCUCCAUGCCUGAUGUGGACUUCAAUCUGAAAGGUCCCAAGAUGAAGGGAGAUGUUGAUAUGUCAGGAGAACUUAAAGCACCCAAAGUAGACAUUGAAGGUCCAGAUCUUGACAUUGAAGGUCCAGAUGGAAAAAUCAAAGGGCCAAAAUUCAAGAUGCCAUCAAUUUCAGGACCGAAGAUCUCCAUGCCCGAUGUGGACUUCAAUCUGAAAGGUCCAAAGAUGAAAGGAGAUUUCGAUGUGUCAGGGCCCAAGAUAGAAGGAGACCUCAAAGCACCCAAAGUAGACAUAGAGGGGCCAGAUCUUGACAUUGAAGGUUCAGGAGGAUUUAAGAUGCCAAAGAUGAAGAUGCCAUCAUUUGGAUUCAAAGGUCCUAAAUUGGAGGGUCCAGAUGUUGAUGUUAACCUACCAAAAGCUGAUAUAGACAUCAAAGCGCCAAAAGUGGACAUUAAAGGUCCAGAAUUUGACAUUGAAGGCCCUGAUGGUAAAAUCAAAGGACCAAAAUUCAAGAUGCCAUCAAUAUCAGGACCGAAGAUCUCCAUGCCUGAUAUGGACUUCAAUCUGAAAGGUCCCAAGAUGAAGGGAGAUGUUGAUAUGUCAGGAGAACUUAAAGCACCGAAAGUAGACAUUGAAGGUCCAGAUCUUGACAUUGAAGGGCCAGAUGGAAAAAUCAAAGGGCCAAAAUUCAAGAUGCCAUCAAUUUCAGGACCGAAGAUCUCCAUGCCUGAUGUGGAUUUCAACCUAAAAGGUCCAAAGAUGAAAGGAGAUUUCGAUGUGUCAGGGCCCAAGAUAGAAGGAGACCUCAAAGCACCCAAAGUAGACAUAGAGGGGCCAGAUCUUGACAUUGAAGGUUCAGGAGGAUUUAAGAUGCCAAAGAUGAAGAUGCCAUCAUUUGGAUUCAAAGGUCCUAAAUUGGAGGGUCCAGAUGUUGAUGUUAACCUACCAACAGCUGAUAUAGACAUCAAAGCACCAAAGGUAGACAUUGAAGGUCCAGAUCUUGACAUUGAAGGUCCAGAUGGAAAAAUCAAAGGACCAAAAUUCAAGAUGCCAUCAAUAUCAGGACCGAAGAUCUCCAUGCCUGAUGUGGACUUCAAUCUGAAAGGUCCAAAAAUGAAGGGAGACGUGGACAUGUCUGUGCCAAUGAUUGAAGGUGACCUGAAAUCACCCAAAGUUGAUUUUGAAGGGCCAGAUGUUGACAUUGAAGGUUCAGGAGGAUUUAAGAUGCCAAAGAUGAAGAUGCCCUCUAUUUCUGGCCCCAAAAUGUCGAUGCCUGAUAUUGAUUUCAAUCUCAAAGGUCCAAAGUUCAAGGGGGGAGUUGAGGGAGAAAUCAGUACACCAAAAGCUGAAUUUGAGGGAUUGGAUAUCUCAAUUGAGAGUCCUGACAUUACACCAAAGAAGUCUAAGUUCAAAAUGCCAAAGUUUGGAUUCGGAGGGCCAAAAGUCAAGUCUCCUGAGGUUGAUGUAAAUCUAGCAAAAGUAGAUAUUAAUGUCAAAGGACCAAAAGGUAGUGUUUCAGACCUUGAGCUUGAUGUUGGGGCUACCAGCCCUAAGGUCAAAGGACCCAAAUUCAAAAUGCCAAAAUUUGGAUUCAGAAGCCCGAAAGUAGAGAUACCAGAUUUAGAUAUUAACAUACCUAAAUCUGAUGUCGGCAUUAAGGGACCCAGUGUUGACAUUAAAGUUCCGGAAAUUGACAUUGAAUGCCCUGAUGGCAAAAUCAAGGGCCCAAAAUUCAAGAUGCCAUCAAUAUCAGGACCAAAGAUCUCUAUGCCUGAUAUGGACUUUGACCUGAAAGGUCCAAAAAUGAAGGGAGAUGUGGACAUGUCUGUGCCAAUGAUUGAAGGAGAACUCAAAGCACCCAAAGUAGACAUUAAAGGUCCAGAUGUUGACAUCGAAGGUUCAGGAGGAUUUAAGAUGCCAAAGAUGAAAAUGCCAUCCUUUGGAUUCAAAGGACCUAACCUGGAGGGUCCGGAUGUCGAUCUCAGCCUACCUAAAGCUGACAUUAAUGUUGAAGGUCCAGAAAUUGACAUUGAAGGGUAUGAUGGUAAAAUCAAAGGGCCAAAAUUCAAGAUGCCUUCAAUGUCAGGACCAAAGAUAUCAAUGCCUGAUGUGGAUUUCAACCUGAAAGGUCCAAAGGUAAAGGGUGAUUUUGAUGUGUCAGUCCCCAAGAUCGAAGGAGACCUCAAAGCACCCAAAGUAGACAUUGAAGGUCCAGAUGUUGACAUUGAAGGUUCAGGAGGAUUUAAGAUGCCAAAGAUGAAGAUGCCAUCAUUUGGAUUCAAAGGACCCAAACUGGAGGGGCCAGAUGUUGAUAUCAACCUUCCUAAAGCUGACAUUGAUAUUAAGGGCCCCAACGUUGACAUCAAAGGUCCAGAACUGGACAUUGAAGGCCCAGAUGGUAAAAUAAAAGGGCCGAAAUUCAAGAUGCCUUCCAUAUCAGGACCAAAUAUUUCCAUGCCUGACAUGGACUUCAACCUGAAAGGUCCAAAGAUGAAGGGAGAUGUUGAUAUGUCAGGAGACCUCAAAGCACCCAAAGUAGACAUUAAAGGUCCAGAUGUUGACAUCGAAGGUUCAGGAGGAUUUAAGAUGCCAAAGAUGAAAAUGCCAUCCUUUGGAUUCAAAGGACCUAACCUGGAGGGUCCGGAUGUCGAUCUCAGCCUACCUAAAGCUGACAUUAAUGUUGAAGGUCCAGAAAUUGACAUUGAAGGGUAUGAUGGUAAAAUCAGAGGGCCAAAAUUCAAGAUGCCUUCAAUGUCAGGACCAAAGAUCUCCAUGCCUGAUGUGGACUUCAACCUGAAAGGUCCAAAGGUAAAGGGUGAUUUUGAUGUGUCAGUCCCCAAGAUCGAAGGAGACCUCAAAGCACCCAAAGUAGACAUUGAAGGUCCAGAUGUUGACAUUGAAGGUUCAGGAGGAUUUAAGAUGCCAAAGAUGAAGAUGCCAUCAUUUGGAUUCAAAGGACCCAAACUGGAGGGGCCAGAUGUUGAUAUCAACCUUCCUAAAGCUGACAUUGAUAUUAAGGGGCCCAACGUUGACAUCAAAGGUCCAGAACUGGACAUUGAAGGCCCAGAUGGUAAAAUCAAAGGGCCGAAAUUCAAGAUGCCUUCCAUAUCAGGACCAAAGAUCUCCAUGCCUGACAUGGACUUCAACCUGAAAGGUCCAAAGAUGAAGGGAGAUGUUGAUAUGUCAGGAGACCUCAAAGCACCCAAAGUAGACAUUAAAGGUCCAGAUGUUGACAUCGAAGGUUCAGGAGGAUUUAAGAUGCCAAAGAUGAAAAUGCCAUCCUUUGGAUUCAAAGGACCUAACCUGGAGGGUCCGGAUGUCGAUCUCAACCUACCCAAAGCUGACAUUAAUGUUGAAGGUCCAGAAAUUGACAUUGAAGGCCCAGAUGGUAAAAUCAAAGGGCCGAAAUUCAAGAUGCCUUCAAUGUCAGGACCAAAGAUAUCAAUGCCAGAUAUGGAUUUCAACCUGAAAGGUCCAAAGGUAAAGGGUGAUUUUGAUGUGUCAGUCCCCAAGAUCGAAGGAGACCUCAAAGCACCCAAAGUAGACAUUGAAGGUCCAGAUGUUGACAUUGAAGGUUCAGGAGGAUUUAAGAUGCCAAAGAUGAAGAUGCCAUCAUUUGGAUUCAAAGGACCCAAACUGGAGGGGCCAGAUGUUGAUAUCAACCUUCCUAAAGCUGACAUUGAUAUUAAGGGCCCCAACGUUGACAUCAAAGGUCCAGAACUGGACAUUGAAGGCCCAGAUGGUAAAAUAAAAGGGCCGAAAUUCAAGAUGCCUUCCAUAUCAGGACCAAAUAUUUCCAUGCCUGACAUGGACUUCAACCUGAAAGGUCCAAAGAUGAAGGGAGAUGUUGAUAUGUCAGGAGACCUCAAAGCACCCAAAGUAGACAUUAAAGGUCCAGAUGUUGACAUCGAAGGUUCAGGAGGAUUUAAGAUGCCAAAGAUGAAAAUGCCAUCCUUUGGAUUCAAAGGACCUAACCUGGAGGGUCCGGAUGUCGAUCUCAGCCUACCUAAAGCUGACAUUAAUGUUGAAGGUCCAGAAAUUGACAUUGAAGGGUAUGAUGGUAAAAUCAGAGGGCCAAAAUUCAAGAUGCCUUCAAUGUCAGGACCAAAGAUAUCAAUGCCAGAUAUGGAUUUCAACCUGAAAGGUCCAAAGGUAAAGGGUGAUUUUGAUGUGUCAGUCCCCAAGAUCGAAGGAGACCUCAAAGCACCCAAAGUAGACAUUGAAGGUCCAGAUGUUGACAUUGAAGGUUCAGGAGGAUUUAAGAUGCCAAAGAUGAAGAUGCCAUCAUUUGGAUUCAAAGGACCCAAACUGGAGGGGCCAGAUGUUGAUAUCAACCUUCCUAAAGCUGACAUUGAUAUUAAGGGGCCCAACGUUGACAUCAAAGGUCCAGAACUGGACAUUGAAGGCCCAGAUGGUAAAAUAAAAGGGCCGAAAUUCAAGAUGCCUUCAAUGUCAGGACCAAAGAUAUCAAUGCCAGAUAUGGAUUUCAACCUGAAAGGUCCAAAGGUAAAGGGUGAUUUUGAUGUGUCAGUCCCCAAGAUCGAAGGAGACCUCAAAGCACCCAAAGUAGACAUUGAAGGUCCAGAUGUUGACAUUGAAGGUUCAGGAGGAUUUAAGAUGCCAAAGAUGAAGAUGCCAUCAUUUGGAUUCAGAGGACCUAAACUGGAGGGUCCAGAUGUGGAUCUUAACCUACCUCAAGCUGAUAUUGACAUCAUGGUACCUAGUGGUGACAUUUCACGUACAGAUCUCGACAUCAGAGGUCCUGAUGCAAAGUUUUCAGGUGGUUCCCUUGAUAUGGGAAGUCCCAGUUUCAGUUUUGAAAAACCAGACAUCAAGUUUCCAAAGUUCAAAGGUCCCAUGUUUGGUAUUAAGUCCCCAGAAGUUGAAAGUCCUGAACUGAAUAUUUCUCACAGAACGAUUGACGUGAAAGCACCUGAGGUUGACCUUAACCUUGGGGAUGCAAAUAUCAAAGGACCUAAAUUCAAUGCACCAAAGAUCCAUAUGGGAGGAAAGAGCCCCAAAUUAGAUGUUCAUUUGCCAGAGGUUGACAGUAGUCUAGAAGCCCCUGAUGUUGACAUUCAUGUCAAAGGAAAGAAAGGCAAAUUCAAACUGCCCAAAAUCAAAGGGAAAGCAAAGAAACCUGAUGUCGAUAUUGACCUUGAAACAUCAGGUGUAGAUUUAGAUGUUGACUCUCCUGAGCUUCACCUGAAAGGAGCAAAAGUAAAGAAAUCUUUCUUUGGAAAACUUCAUUUCCCUGAUGUGGAAUUUGAUGUAAAAUCUUCCAAAGUUAAAGGUGACCUGUCAUCUGGGAGUCUACAAGCCAACAUUGGGGGCCCAGAUGUAAACGUGGAAGUCCCAGAUGUAAAAACUAAGUCUAACAUGAAAUUUCCAGGGAGGAAAAUCAAAGGGCCCCAGGUAAAUGUCUCUGAUGUUGACGUAAAUGUGAACGGGCAAAAUCUGAAAGGAGAGACAAGCCUCUCAGGAGGUUUUCAAGGUCCUAAGACAGAGAUCGGAGGAGGAGUAGAAGUAGACUCAAAUGUUUCAGGAUUCAGUGGACUACAUUUCCCAGAGGGACAUGUAUCAUUCCCCAAAAUCAGUGUUCCAAAGUACCAUGGACCAGAGAUGGGAGUAGAUGUUGAUGCAGGGUUAGAAGCAGGGGCAGGGGCAGGACCAGGGUUAGCAGUGGGGGGUGAGAAGGUUGAUGUGCAGACUCCUUCGGUUAUUGGUAGAGUUAGUUCUCCGAGCCUGGAGUUGCACGGCCCAGACGUGAAGAACAGUGGUGGUAAAGUGCAUGUGAAGAUGCCAAGGUUCGGUUUUGGCAAGUCAAAAGCAAAGGGAGGUAGUGCAGCAGAUCUUAGCUUUCAGGGGCCGGACGCAGAACUGGGAGCCGGUGGCGGCGUUAAGGGCUCCAAAGAGUUGAGUUUAAGUCAUGGGGAGUUAGUAAGUGGCAAGUUGUCUGUAGAGGGAGGAUCUGGGCAUAGUGUGUCCCCUAAGAGCAAAUCAGCCUCACUGGAUCUUUUGAAGAAAUCAAGGCAUCGGUCUUCCUCUGUGGCGAGUGACGAGGGAGAUCUGGCUGUGUCUUCCCCCUCAAGUCACUUAAGUGCCGAGGGUGGCGACAUCUCUGUUGAUGUUGGGGGGGCCAAGGUGAAAGGAAAGAAGAGCAAGUCAAAGUUUGGCACCUUUGGUGGUUUUGGCUCAAAGUCGACGGGCUCAUAUGAAGUGACACUGGGUGAAGAUGAUGAAGAGAGAGUAGAAGGAAGUGGUGGUGUAUCUCUCCCCUCUAAAAAGUCGAGAAUCGCCUCGUCUUCCAGCAGCGACAGUGGGUCUAGAGGUGGUUUCCAUUUCCCAAAACUUGACUUUUCCAUGUCACCAAAGAAAUGAAUGAAUUGUUGAGGCUAAUUAUAAACUCUCCUGUAUACUACCCAAUUAUCUUCUCCAUAUACACAACAGCCCUAUCUGCUCAAGAAUGUAAAACUUGACAGAUGAGUUCACAUCUCAUCUCAAUGUAACAUUACAUGUGUUGUAUUCCCUUAGGACUUUUCUCCACACAUUUUACUUAUUACAUGACAUUGUUCAUACUUCAAUUUAACUGUAAAUAAGAUGAAUCUGUAUUGUAAUAUUAAGUAUUGUCUUUUGUACAUAGUCAAAAUUUAUUGAGCAUAAAUCUCACCAAAUUCAUACCAAUAGUGCCUCACAUGUUUAGUCCCAUUGUUGUAUUGCAUUCGGUUAAAAUGCAUUUUGUCAAGAUGAGGUAUUUUUAUAUCCAGGGUUCUAUUGCACAAAAAAUAGUAUGGAUUCAAUUGUUAUUUUUAAGAAAAGUAUGUUUAUACACACAGACACACAGCAAAAAAAACAACAACCUCAAUAACUACUUUUCCUUUUUUAUAUGUAUGAAAUGAUUUACUUUUGUUUUUGAAACUUUGGAUAUGUAAUUGUUGCAGAAGCUUAUUUACUCAACAUAAAGCCGUCCCUGUAUACCAAUGCAGUCAGAGACCAUAAUUGCAAAUAAAAACAAUGUUUCUGUUUACUAAUAAAUUCUAUCUACUGUUGUUAUUCAUCUUUGAGAGAGAGCAGGCAUUUUUUAAAUAUAUUUCUUUACAUCCAAUUAGAUUAUUACAAUUUGUCCCUUUUCGCUUCAAAAUCUUUCAUUUGAAUUCUGCUCAAAUACCAAAAUGGAAGAUGCACAUUGAAAAAUAGUACACCUGAAGAAGAAUCCAUUUGCAUUUUUGUACAAUCAAGAUAUUUAAAAUGUAAAGAAGCAAAUCAUUCUCUCUCUCUCUCUCUCUCUCUCUCUCUCUCUCUCUCUCUCUCUCUCUCUCUCUCUCUCUCUCU